AUCGAACACUUUAUUAUUAUUUUUACUUGCUAUUUGUAAUACUGUUUUUUCUUUCUUCUUUUUAUAUCCUGACUUUUUGAAAUGCACUGUCUGUACCAGACCAAACCUGCGCUUAACGAGGUGCGUGAUCUGCUGGAGAAAACCGGCGGAAACUACAUUCCCGUAUACCAAGAUGUUCCGUCUGAUCUGCUCACCCCAGUGACAGCAUACUUGAAACUAGCACAUGGAAGCAAAACCUCGUUCUUGCUCGAGUCUGCCAUAGGUGGCGAGACUAUCGGCCGCUACUCAUUUAUCGGUGCCAAUCCGUACAAAGUGAUGAAGACAGGCGCAAAGGAGGAGACCAAGGGUGAUCCGCUGAUUUCGCUGGAGGCAGAGCUCAAUAGCAUGCGCUAUGUGCAAGUCCCAGGCCUGCCGCGGGGAUCAGCUACAGGCGGCGCAUUCGGGUACAUCUCAUACGACUGCGUGCAGCACUUUGAGCCGCGCACGGCCUGCGACCUGACAGAUCCCAUUGGUGUGCCCGAGUCGAUUUUUCUGCUUUGCGACACUGUGGUGGCCUUUGACCACCUGUACAAGCAGAUCAAGGUCAUCACGCAUAUUCGUGUGCCUGAUGGAGCUUCAGCGGCCACCCAGGCCGAGCUCUACGAUAAAGCCACGGCGACCAUUAUGGCGACCACCGAUGUGCUGUUUGCCGAUGCUAUUCCAUUCCCCGAGCAGCCGCCAAUCGUGCUGGGAAACCAGUUCGAGUCCAACACGGGCGAGGAGGGGUACAAGAACAUGGUGCUUGAGCUGCAGAAGCACAUCGUCAAGGGUGAUAUCAUCCAGGCCGUGCCGGCACAGCGGAUUACGCGCCCGACAUCUCUGCACCCGUUCAACGCGUACCGGUACCUGCGCACGCUCAACCCGGCACCCUACAUGUUCUACUUUGAUUUUGACGGGUUCCAGGUUGUUGGCGCGUCGCCCGAGAUGCUUGUGCGGGUCAACGGCACUCAGGUGUACAACCACCCGAUUGCUGGCACCCGCAAGCGCGGAAAGACACCCGAGGAGGAUGACCAGCUGGCCGCCGAGCUUCUGGCUGACGAGAAGGAGCGCGCCGAGCACGUCAUGUUGGUGGACCUGGGCCGCAAUGAUCUGAACCGCGUGUGCGAACCCGACAGUGUCAAGGCCGACAAACUGAUGGUUGUCGAGCGCUUCUCGCACGUCAUGCAUAUUGUCAGCAACCUUUCGGGUGAGCUGCGGCCUGGCAAGACGGGCUUUGAUGCCCUGCGCUCCAUCCUUCCUGCUGGAACCCUAUCGGGCGCUCCCAAGGUGCGCGCUGUGCAGUUGAUCUAUGGCGUGGAGAAGGAGCGUCGUGGUAUUUAUGGUGGCGCAUUGGGCCACUUUAGCUACUCAGGCGAUCUGGACACUUGCAUCGGUAUCCGCACCAUGGUGUUCAAGGACGGCAACGCGUAUCUCCAGGCUGGAGCUGGCGUGGUCCAUGACUCGGUCCCUGUGAGCGAAUGGCAUGAGACAAUGAGCAAGGCCAUGUCCAACUUGAUGACCAUCGAGCAGGCCGAAAAGUACCACCACGCCCUGCAGCAGCAGCAGAACAAAUAGGGUGGAAACAACUAGAUCGUUAUUUCUAAAUAUUAAUUAAUAUCAAAUGAUUGUUUGACAUGUCCCCAAUA